AUGGCCGCCAGCCAGGUUGAUGCGCUGGCGGGAUUCCCUAACGAAGCUGCGUACAAUCCCCAAUGGGUGAACGUCAGCUUGGGACUUGCCGAAACGCUCUUCGUCAGAGAGGGUGACAACUUGAUGGCUCCUCAGACAGCUGAGUCAUUCCAGGUUGACCCGGAUCUGAAGGGAGUUACCUUCAAGCUCAAAGAGGGCGUGCCUUUCAAUUCCCCGGUAGGAGUUUCCCAGGAUUUCGGAGAGAUGACCGCCAAUGACUGGGUAUGGUUCCUGAAUGACGCAAACCCCACCUUCAAUGUGAACUCCACAUUCCGUAUCGGUGGCGACUUGGCUGCCUCAUUUGGUCUGGCAACCGUCAUAGAUGAAUACACUUUCAGGAUGGACGCAGCAGAGGGCGUGGUGAUCGGCGCCUUCAACUUGGAAGAUUCCAUCAGCGAGUAUGGCAAGGGGCCGGGCGUCUAUAGCAAGAAUGCGUAUGACACGAUGGGUAAGGAGUGGAUGAAGCAGAAUCUGGUGAGCACCGGACCUUUUAUCAUUGAGGAAUGGGUGCCGCAGAAUCGAGCUAAUCUUCAGGCUCUGCCUGAACACCACAAGCACCCGGCGCACAUUGCAAGUUUCACAAGGAUUCAUGUGCCCGAAACGGCAAGCCGCAUCGCUAUGAUACAGUCGAAGCAGGCGGACAUAGCUGAACUUGACCCGGUGUUCGCAGACCAGAUAGAAGCCGAGGGCUUCAGGUACAUGGUUCCGCAGCCCAAGUGGAUAACAGCUUCAUACAUGUGGUCGGGCAAUCUCUGGGAGCAGACGCAUGCUCGUACAGGCGAAGCUCUUCGACCCUGCGCCUUGGGACGCUCGUCCAAUAUUGUGGAUUACCCGUGGAUAGGCAACCCAUGGUGCGAAAUGGGCAAGCCCUGCCAGUACGAAGACACCGACAAUCCACCCGGCAUGAGCGACAUGGAGCAGGCGCGUCUAGUGCGCUGGGCGCUGUCCUAUGCACUUGACCGCGAAGGCAUCGUGGACGGCAUCCUCAACGGAUAUGGCGCCGGCAUGCCGUCCGAAUACAUGGGCCCGAACUUUGGCGGAUGGGAUCCCGGUAGGAAAAUAACAAACACUGCAUCUGACGCGAUUAUGGCGAAAUACGGCUUCGGUGACAGCGAAAUGUACCCAAGCUACAAUGUUGCGUCUCCGAUGGCGAACUUCCCCUGGCCAUGGGAUAUUCCCUUCCAGCCGUCUUUCGCGGAAGAGAUUCUGGACAUAGCAGGCUAUCCGCGGGGUCCGAACGGCGUGCGGUUCGAGAUUUCCACGAACAUCUACCGCGCCGAGAUUGGCGAUGUUUCAUUUGACAUUGGCGACCUUACCGCCGGGCUGUGGGAAGCCAUAGGUGUGAAAACAACAAUCCUCAACGAAGACUACGGCUCGGUGGUUUCGGCAAGAUUCAGGGAGCGCACACAGAUUUGGCCGACUUUGAAGAACGGUGCUGUUGACGACGCAACCUGGCCUGCCCACUGGCCCCUGCCUUUGGUUGACUCCAGCCUGUCGCGUCCCGGUUGGGGGGCGGGCUUCGAGUCCCGCUUCCUGGCGGACAUGCACAAUAUGACGAAACUGGAACCGGACAGGGCGUCAGCCAUCGAACAACAUAUGGAUGUGGUCGAUUGGACGAUUUAUUGGCACUUGUACUCCGGCGUUGUGGAAGUUCCCAAGGGAUAUGCGGUCAAUCCUGAAAAGGUUUCUGAGUGGGUCGGUCGAUCUACUCAAGCACAUUGGAGCGGAGCGGAACCUUGGUUCAUUGUGCCAGCGCAAUAA